AUGGAGUGCAUUGGACAAGUGUUUGAUUUCUACACACUCAGGAAACCCUGGCUGAGUUCCGUGCUACAAACAGGAGAGUGUGGACAGGGGCUGCUGUUGACUUUUCGAUUAGAAGGGAUCCAGAGGCCUGACAAAAAGAUGACAAAAUGGAAGCUCAAAGAGGUUAACUUGCCGAUGAUCAGCCAGCUGGUCGGGGCCCUUCGAGGCUUCUUCCUCACCGCCCUGCUCCCUCGCUUCCCAGUUCGUUCUCAUAGAUUUGUCAGGAACCCUGACUCAGGAUACCUUUCACGAUACGAUGAUCAGAACAAACACCCAGUGCUCGCCCAGGGCUUUCCUGCCUGUCCUCAGGGUCACAUUGUCCACAACUGGAAGGUGCGAUGGUUCAUCCUCCAGCAGAACACGCUGCUGUACUACAAGCUCGAGGGGGGUCGGAAGGUGACCCCUCCCAAGGGACGGAUCCUUCUGGAUGGCUGCACCAUCACCUGCCCCUGCUUGGAGUAUGAAAACCGACCUCUGCUUAUUAAGCUGAAGACUCGAACAUCCACAGAAUACUUCCUAGAGGCCUGUUCUCGAGAGGAGAGGGAUGCCUGGGCCUUUGAGAUAACAGGGGCUAUUCACGCUGGGCAGCCAGGGAAGGUCCAGCAACUCCACGUAUUGAAAAAUUCCUUCAAGCUGCCCCCUCACAUCAGCCUGCAUCGCAUCGUGGACAAGAUGCACGACAGUGGCAGUGGAAUCCGGCCAAGCCCUAACAUGGAGCAAGGAAGCACCUACAAAAAGACCUUCAUAGGUUCCUCCCUGGUGGACUGGCUCAUCUCGAACAACUUUGCAGUCAACCGUCUGGAGGCUGUGACUCUGGCCUCCAUGCUCAUGGAGGAGAACUUCCUUAGGCCAGUCGGUGCCCGAAGCAUGGGAGCCAUUCGCUCUGGGGAUCUGGCCGAGCAGUUCCUGGAUGACUCCACGGCCCUGUACACUUUUGCUGAGAGCUACAAGAAGAAGACAAGUCCCAAGGAAGAAAUAAGUCUCAGCACCAUGGAGUUAAGUGGCACAGUGAUAAAACAAGGAUACCUGGCCAAGCAGGGCCACAAGAGGAAAAACUGGAAGGUACGGCGCUUUGUUCUGAGGAAGGACCCAGCUUUCCUGCAUUACUACGACCCUUCCAAAGAAGAAAACCGGCCAGUAGGUGGGUUUUCUCUUCGUGGUUCACUCGUGUCUGCUCUGGAGGAUAAUGGUGUUCCCACGGGGGUAAAAGGGAAUGUCCAGGGAAAUCUCUUCAAAGUGAUUACUAAGGAUGACAUACACUAUUAUAUCCAGGCCAGCAGCAAGGCUGAGCGAGCGGAGUGGAUUGAAGCCAUCAAAAAGCUAACGUGACAAGGAUCCUAAGGGCACAGGACCAGGAUUCUUCCCUCUUACCAGAUGACACAGACAGGAUUUCCUGAAAAAUGAGUGUUAAAACUUUUGUAUAUUUUGUACUGCUUUCGAGUGUGGCUGGUGAAAAAGUUCCUUAGAUUAUAUUCGGCAGUGGUGCUAUUUCCUUCCCCCACCUUCAUGUUAACUACCUGGAAAUCCUAGAACAGCCAUUAGGAGUCAGCAUCUCGACUUUCGCCCAUCUUCACAGCCAGCCAUUCAUGCCUCAGGCACCAAAAUAGGUUUCCCUUGUUCUAACACUAACUAGCUAUAUUGUAAUACUAAGAUGCUAGUCUCUUGGCAGCUCUCUCUGAAAUGCUGUCAGCGACUCUAAUGUUAACUCAGGAAUUAAUAAAAAUUGACAUGUUUCUAUUAGAAUUCCCAUACAAAGCUUUAUAAUUUUCAAAGGUUUCUCAUGCUUGAGGCUAUAAGAAUUAUACAAGCUGAUUAUGAAGACAUCUCAAGUAAUCUCUUUUACUAAGAUGUGCUUCAUCUUAAAGUGGGGAUGGUGGCAAAAUUUUGGUCGGAGAAUAUCGUUUUGCUUUGAAAAAUAAGCUUGUAUAAGUAUUAUACAUCACAGAAAAAAAAGACUCAGUUGAAGAUUAGUCACAUGUACCAAAAAAAAAAAAA